AUGGCCAACGACAAGGAGAUAGUGAUGGAGCUUCUUCCCCUUAUACGAGUCUACAAAGAUGGCACAGUUGAUCGUCUUCUAAGCUCUCCAAACGUACCACCCUCCCUUGAAGACCCUGAAACUGGGGUCUCAUCAAAAGACGUCGUAAUCGCAGAUAGCCCUUAUGUCUCUGCUCGCAUUUUUCUUCCAAAAAACCACAACAAUCCCACCCACAAACUUCCCAUCUUUGUCUACUUCCAUGGCGGCGCCUUCUGCGUUGAAUCAGCCUUCUCCUUUUUUGUUCAUCGCUAUCUUAACACCUUAGUCUCCCAAGCUAACAUAAUUGCCAUCUCCGUUGACUUCAGACUCCUCCCACACCACCCUCUUCCUGCAGCAUACGAAGAUGGUUGGACCAGUCUCCAGUGGAUUGCUUCCCACGCCACCAACAACGCUACCAACCCCGAGCCAUGGUUACUCAACUAUGCUGAUUUCAACAAACUCUACGUCGGAGGUGAAACCAGCGGUGCUAACCUUGCACACAACUUGCUUCUCCGUGCAGGGAAUGAAUCUCUGCAUGGAGAUCUCAAAAUCUUUGGUGCUUUACUCAGCUCUCCCUUCUUCUGGGGCUCAAAGCCAAUUGGGUCAGAGCCUGUUGAGGAGCACGAGCAGAGUUUGGCCAUGAAGGUGUGGAGCUUGGCGUGUCCUGAUGCACCUGGUGGAAUCGAUAAUCCAUGGAUCAACCCUUGUGUUCCCGGGGCACCCUCCUUGGCCGCACUUGCGUGCUCUAAGAUUCUGAUAACUAUUACUGGGAAGGACGAGUUCAGAGACAGAAAUAUUCUGUACCACGACACUAUUAAGAAAAGUGGUUGGCAAGGAGAAGUUGAAGUGUUUGAUGGUGGUGAUGAGGAACACGCUUUCCAACUCUUCAAGCCUGAAACUGAUAGAGCUAAAGCCAUGAUCAAACACUUGGCUUCUUUUCUGGUGUGA